AUGGCUUCGACGACUACGACUUCUGAUUUCUUCAAGCCUUUCCUCUCUUCUUUCUCUCAUGGUAAUGCAACGCAACGAGGUAGUAGACAGAACGUGGUAUGGUUAAAUCGCAAGCGUUAUAAGAAUUAUAACAGAUCUCUUCGUAUUAAUGGACUAUUCGGAGGCGGUAAGAAGGAUAAUAACGAGGAUGGGCAAUCAAAGGCAGGGAUACUUGGUAAUAUGCAGAAUCUUUAUGAGACUGUGAAGAAAGCUCAAAUGGUUGUCCAAGUAGAAGCUGUUAGGGUACAGAAGGAGCUAGCUGUUGCUGAAUUUGAUGGAUAUUGUGAAGGAGAGCUUGUCAAGGUUACAUUAUCGGGUAACCAGCAACCGAUCCGCACUGAUAUCACUGAUGCAGCAAUGGAAUUAGGUUCCGAAAAACUAUCACUACUGGUCACAGAAGCAUACAAGGACGCACACACAAAGAGUGUUGUGGCUAUGAAAGAAAGAAUGAGCGACCUUGCGCAGAGCUUAGGCAUGCCGCCGGGACUCAGCGAUGGAUUAAAGUAA